GAAAUGUCUAAAAUAAGUUCCAACCUGGCAACCCUGGAGAAGCCUGAAGCAAACUACAGAGAGCAGCAGUCGAACGGUGGAAUAGCCCAACAACCUCCCGUCUGGACGCUUCUCUCCCAAGAGGUUAGCUUUGAGAUCUGCGCGCUCACCGUGCCUGAAUUAUUCCCUACUUUUGCAUCACCAAUGUGGAGCACCAGGAAAAGAAAUUGUGUCUUUGGCUGAGCUGGUGGCGGUUCCGAUUGACUCUCCUGUUUGCAAGCUUCUGGCCAGCUCGUGAGCCUCCUUCACAACACAAGCUCUGAGAAAAGUGUGGGAAAAGCCCCCUCUAGCCAACAUCCACUUGAACAAUCGAAGGAGCACUUUGAAGUCAUCGUUUUGAGCACAUUGACGACUCAUCCUUGUGCAACUGCAGUCUUCUGCCCCCUUGCAGCUGUCAACAUGGCCAAGAAGAACCAAAAAGACACUUCGGGAGUGGUGUUUGACACACGCUCAAAGAUGGUCAUGUCCCAGGGAGGACCACCGGAGAGGAUGAAGGAAAAGAUCAGCGCCGUCAGGGCAGUUGUCCCCAACAAAAGCAACAAUGAGAUUGUUCUGGUGUUGCAGCAGUUUGAGAACUGCGUUGACAAGGCCGUUCAAGCAUUCUUAGAAGGUAGUGCAGCGGAGAUCCUGAAGGAGUGGAGUGUCACCGGCAAAAAGAAGCCCAACAAGAAAAAGAAGCCCAAGCCCCAGCCGGAGGCCGCAGCCGAACCGGGCCCGUCUGAAGCCGCACCACUCGAGGAGGGCAAGGACAAGACCAACGGCUUCCACCCCAACGGAUCCUUGGUCGAGGGGGAGUCCCUUGACUCCCUGAGCGAACAUUUGGACUCGGCUUCCCUGGAUGCGUUGGAGCUGGACUCUGAGCUAACCACAUCUGAAAUUACUGGUGCAGAAGUGGAACGGGCGCCCUCCUCUCAGCCAGCACACACUUCUUACCGGGGGCCCAGAGGCAACAAAGCACGAGAUUCACAGCAUCACAACUCCUCCUCGGCACUCCCCGAUGGACAAACUCCCAACAUCGACCGCUCUGUGAAGGACUUGCAACGAUGCACCGCUUCGCUGACUCGCUACAAGAUGCUGGUGAAGGAGGAGAUGGAGUCAUCCCUCAAGAAGAUGAAGCAGACUUUUGCUGAGCUCCAGUCCACCUUAAUGGACAGAGAAGUGACACUGCUGGCCGAAAUGGACAAAGUGAAAGCAGAGGCCAUGGUGAUUUUGAACGCCCGACAGAAGAGAGCCGAGGAGCUCCGCAGACUGACAGACCAGUCGGCGUCCAUGUCUGAAGAGCAGCUGACAGAACUGCGGGCCGACAUCAAGCACUUUGUGAGCGAGCGCAAAUAUGACGAGGACGUCGGCAAAGCUGUCAGAUUUACAUUCGAUCUGGAACCGCUGAAGACGAGCAUCACUCAAUUUGGAUCUGUUUACCACCCUCGGACUGCUUACUCGGAUCGAUCCCGUUGCAGCUCUACGUCAUCAUCGGUGGCCAGUCCAAGCAUUGUGGAAACUCCUGCCCCUACCCAACCUCAUAGCCCCCCAAGCCAGUUCCGACCCCCACCGGCCAAACAGAUCUUUCAAGGCAAGCGUCGCACGUUCCAGGGACAAGGCUAUCAGUCUGGUGGCCAGCGCUACAACAGUGGCUACAACAGCGGCUCUAACCACGAUCGAAAACCCGGACGCCCAGAUUACCGCUAUCGUGAUGGCGGCUGCCCCUCGAACAGCUCUCGAGGUGCACCCCAUGCCGCCGCCGCCUCCUCCUCCUCCUCUUCGUCGUCAGCAUCCAACCAAAAGCCAGCUUCUCACAACGGGCUCCCUCAAAGGCCCCCGCGUAUGGCCUGCCCUUGACAUUGGAAUCCCUAUGCUCACUCGAAGCCCCUUUACUUCUCAACCUUGCACUCCCUGAUUCUCCGCCCGCUAUCCCUGAAAGAUGUUCACAUUUUCAUGCUUCCCUUGACCACCGAUCCAUUCAUCCUUCAGACAUGAGCAGCGCUCAUCGCAUCGUGGCUCGAGUGGUUUAUGUACUGUAGGCCCGACCCGCCGCACCAUCUCCUGCACACUUGCCUGCAAUGCAAUGGUAAAUCUACCUACAUUUGCCCACCACUCUACCGUUUUCUUGUCCCCUUUCAAUUCAUGACACAAGAUCAAUGUUUAAAGGAAACAUAUGACACUAAUGCUGAGCUGCUACAAACCAGGUAGAACUUGUGCUUUAGCUUUAGCUCGCGAAAAGCCAACCGCUGUAGUUUGCUGCCGAGCUUGGCUGUUUGGCUAGACUGGUGUUAAAUUGUCACGGCACACCACCAAACAAACAUGUUUCAGUUUUUUGGGUGGGGGGGGGCAGUUAUUCUAUUGUACAAAUGGCAACCUUCUGCCAAUUCAUGGAAUUGCAACUAGCAUAGAUUCUGGUUGACGAUAGGUGGCAAUGAAGCCCUGCAUAUUGGCAGCUCAGCAUUGACCCUCCCCUCAGUUCAUCAAUACUGUUUUUGUGCCCAGGUCAAGCAGUACUUUUAUUUUUUUUAAGAUGCAAUAAGGCAAUAAAAGUAUUGCUUUGUAUCUUGGUGCCAAGUAAUUAUGUUGAAGUGAGUUGAGGAGCGUUGCAGAGACAAAGGUUGUGCUUUUCUGUCAUUUUGUGGCAUGUGCCGGUUGAUGUUUUAAACCUGUAUGAUUAGGAGGGCGAGCUGGGGUUUAAUUACUCGCACGUUUUUGCUGUUUGCGCCAGAUCUUAGUCCCGAGUGGGGGGUCAAAUUUGUUAGUUUGAUUGAUUUUGAAUUUUUUUUUUUCCCUUCGGAAAAUGUGAAACAUGUUUCAGUGUAAUGAUGAAAAAUAUGCCCCCCUAUGUUUUUUUUGUUUGUUUAAAUACUCUUGUUUUCCAACAGCAUGAGUUAAGCUUCUUCAUUUGUUUGUCAGCAAAACGUGAAGAAAAACAAGUCAAAUACCUCAUUGUGGAAGCUUCCCCGUGGCCUCAAUCAAACAAAGAACUGUGGGAAAAUACACAAUAAAUGUAAAAACCCGAUUACUUCCUCUUGAUUAUCCUGAAGAUUUUUUUUCCUUCAAUUUCUAAAAAAAUGUAUUUCGUUUAAAAGUGUACUAUUUGUUUAAUAUAGCUUGCAGUACAAUGGUUCCGGAAUAUUUUUUGGACUGAAAAAUAGUUUGGGGAAAUCAAGCUAUCGCUAGCAUUUGUUUAGCUUCAUCAAAAAACAAUGAUGGGCUAGCCCAGCUAGCAUUCUCAAAGUUCACAGGUGAUAUUUUUUUCAGCAUCGUCUUUUUUGUAUGCAUGACAAGCGGAAUACAAUGUAGUUUUAUCACGUGAGCUUUGAAGGCGCUAACAGCUAUGUUAGCCUUAUUUAGCAGGCUACACUAAUUAUCGAUUAGAAAUGUGAUGGCGUUUCCGAACUAUUCCUGCAGAUGUUCCUGUAUCUGACUGAUGUUAUCAUUUCUGCUGUUGGUUUAUUCAUAACUUGAAAACCAUGAUGUGUUUUUGGGAGGGGAUGGUGUGGGGGCGCAAAGUGUGGAAAUGUUAAUUUAUCACCAAAGACUUAUUCAUGUCCCAGUUAAGCUUUUUUCUUCUUUCCUUAACAAAAAUACCCCUCGGAGAUUACUAAUCUAAAUGCAAUGUUUCAACCGACUACGCCCACUUGGCUGUCUUUCCUGUGUAGUACACGUAUGCAUUUUGUAUGUGAAUAUUUACUUUAGGCAUCAUGGACAUCUCGUUGCUCAGACAGCCGCAAACCCAAGUGCCUUUUCUUCUUCUGGUCUCCCACUGAUUGAUCUCACCAACACAAUAAAUGGACCAAAGAUCUCGGCCUCCCCCACCCACCCACUCGCUCCAUCCCCAUUGGCACAUUUCAUUUAUUUUCAAUAAACCAUUUGCAAUAUG